GCCGAGUUCGUGCUGUGAAUCUUAAUAUUCAGACAAUGAUGGCCGGUAGUAGUACUUAAAUUUAAAUAACUAAGAUUAAAACGUUUAUGUGAAGCAGAAGUGUUUGUGUCCGCGUGAAAGAGUUCACUUUUCGCAAAAUGUUUUCUGCGAUCAACAUAAUUGUGACCGAUUCUUACUUCUGGAUUAUUUAUCUAUGGGCCGUACAAGCAGUCGUGCUACAAGACAACCUUACGGUUUAUCUUCAAAAUGGCAACGAGGCUCCUGCAAACGUCAACGUAUUAGAAGGAACGGCGGCGAAUUUUAGUUGUCAUUCACCACUUGCCCAAAUCCAGUAUUCCUGGGCGAAAUACGGCGAUCCUUUGUUUACAGUUGCUGGAGCCUUUCUCGUGUUUACGAGAAUACAACGUCAGUUUAAUGGUCGGUAUACGUGUACUGCACGUAACCUCGGCACAGCUGAGAGCGCCACAAUCUCAGUCGAUCUCACUGUUAUAUAUCCACCCUCGAGACCAGUUAUUUCCGGUCCAGAUAUUGUUGUUUUGGGAGAGUCGUUUACCUUAUCCUGCUAUGCGGACGGUAUUCCUUUACCAAACUACUACUGGAAGGUAGCCACCCAUGUAGAUGAGAUAGAUACGAGAGGACCUCAGUAUAGAUAUACGCCGUCUUCUAGUAAAAACUCCAUCCACCGUGUAUGUUACGCCGAAGUGACGCUUUUCCCGACCGUCGGAACACAGCAAUAUUGCUCAAGUUAUGAAGAGAAGGAAAUUAUUGUUCAUGAGAAGACCAGUAUAUUGUCUCUUCGGAGCAAUGUGGAGACUGUGGUCGGGGCAACGGUAGAUAUCGAAUGCAAGGUAGCUGGUGCCCCAGUUCCUCGAAUAUGGUGGACAAAGGCCGGGAACACAGAGUUUACGUAUCAGACUGGUAGGCUCUCCCUACAGAACGUUCAGGUCUACCAUGCUGGUAUGUAUUCUUGCAACGCCGAAAAUACGAUGACGCCAUCUAGUCAGGAAAGUCGCACUACCAAUGAUUCCAGAGUAUUUGCACUUCACGUGAAAGAUUCUGUUUUUCCCGAUGAUUGCAAGGAAUUUUGCAAUCCAGACCCGAUUUGCAACAUAACUAUGACACCACUAUCUUCCACGGUUUCCUCCUCGCCUAUCGGUCGUCCCUCUGGACUCACUGGACUCAUUGUAGCAACUGUGAUUGGUUGGCUGCUGGCUGCAACUCUGUUUGUUUUAAGUAUAGUUCUGUUCAAACGUCAGCGACAGUCAUCAACGAUUUCAAAGCCAACUGAGCAUGAACUGGCCAAGGCACAUUUGCAGAAUGACAUCCAAACGGAAGCUAAUCCAAGAAGAGAAAGAACGUUGCCCUACAAUCGAAUAGAGCCAGAGGAUGUCGAAGAUUCACUGUAUACAGAAAUACAGCCUGAGGUGGAACACGGUGCCGGGCCGUCCUCUGACCAAAACCAACCAUACUACCUCACGCCGCAUUGAUUAUUCGUGUUGCGGUCAACGGAGCAAAAACUUGCAAGCGACAGCCGAGACGUGUUUACUAUGUGAAAGGUAUUCAUGAGAACACUAUUCCAAUAGAUGGUCAUCUUGUUAUAAGAUAUAAUCGAAGUUAUUGCAUGGAUUGUAUUUAGAACGUAUGUUUAACGUUUUCAGUUGAACUUCCAGCGAUUAAAUGUUUUGUUAUUUUUGUUUGUGUUUUUAAUUGUAUAGCUUUGGAAUUAAUAUAUAUGUAUGACCUUUUUAGACAGCUCAAAUGGUCAAUACAAAUAUGCUUCAUCGUAUGUAUGUCUUGUAUAUUGCUGUGUCUUGUGUAGUGUGGUUUAAUGAAAAUUAAAAAAAAAAAACACAAAAAAACAAACAAAAUUGU